AUUCGCAGCUGGCAACUGAGCAGACGGGAUGGAUCGCUAUCAGGGCCGCGUCGCUCUGGUCACAGGCGCCAGUGCCGGCAUCGGCGCCGCCAUAACUCAGGCGCUGCUCAGACGCGGCGUCAACGUCGUGGGGCUCGCCAGGAGGGUCGACAGAGUCCAGGCGCUGGAACUGAAAGAUGCUCCUGGUAAGCUGUACGCCCUGGAAGGAGACUUGAGCAAGGAAGAAAGUAUCCUCGCAGCUUUCAAGUGGAUCAAGGAGAAUUUGUCUGGAGUGGACAUCCUUAUCAACAACGCUGGCAUUCUAAUAGACGAGCAACUGACAAGCGGACGUACUGAGUCGUGGACACGCAUGCUGGACGUGAACGUCCUGGGUCUAAGCGUCUGCACCAGGGAGGCCGUGCAGGACAUGAUCAGCAGGGGUGUCGACGAUGGCUUCAUCAUCCACAUCAACAGUCUUUGGGGACACACACCGCCAGCUAACAGUGACACCGCGAUGUAUGCCGCUACCAAGCAUGCAGUGCGGGUUCUCCUGGAAGGCCUCAGAAAGGACCUCGUCGCCAGGAAGAGCAACAUCCGUGUUGGGGAAAUAUCCCCAGGAAUGGUGAAGACGGAGAUCCUCACUAAUACCACCAACUGGACGGAAGACUUGUAUAAACAGCUGAAUUAUAUGGAAGCAGAAGACGUUGCAGAAGCUGCGAUCUACAUGCUGUCCCAGCACCCACGCGUGCAGGUUUAUGACAUCAUCCUACGUCCGACGGGGAAUCCGUACUAGAAAAAGGCUUAAUAGGACUUGCGUAUGUUGUCUCCUUCAGACAAAGCCACUGAAACUACGGUCGUAUGUAUCUGCCUUCAGCUAAAACUCUACGCAAGUCACAUUUACGGGCUUAAAGAUAAAAAGAAAAAAAUGUUGACGUGUUUAACUGCAUCUCCAUCUCAUGCUAAGUGUUGAUUAAAUACGGAAGAGAUAAAAGUGUAAAAGGGAGUAAUAGAAAUGGACUACAGAGUAGUUAACAUUACGGCUGAAGGAAUACCCUGCUGUUCUGACUUUAUGGUAACUGUUCUAAAAUGUUUCUCUAUAAAUCUUAUCUAUUUUGUAACCUGCUAUUGCAUUAUUAAUCCCAAAUGUAUAAGAAAUAAACAAAUUGUAGUGAUGUGGUUCUA